UUUAAAAUCGUUAAUUUGUUAAUGGCAUGGCAUGGAUAUAUUUGCAAAAAUAAAGAUUAAAAAAAUAGAGUAAGAAAGCAAGUUUUACGAAAAUAUAUAUGUAAAUAUCAAUUUGGGAAGGGUGUUCAUGCAAAAUUUGGUAUUUAGGAAAAUAUUCAUGCAGAAAAACCCUUGACAUUUACUGAAUUAAUCGUCUGGGAAAAUUAUCAAAAUCCCUGAGCGAAUCUCGAAUUAUAUUUGUGUUACUGAAACCAGCAGUCCGAUGUACAUUGCUGUUCCUCGUGCUACGCCGGAGAAUUAGCCCUUAGCGCGUUUACUUCGCCAUGACCGAGUCUCUUCUCCUCUCCUCCUCUCCCUCCACCGCCGCCUCUCGCAGCCUCUGGCCAUCCUCAUCACCCUGCUGCCCCUCUCCUCGAUCUGUCCUCCUCCGCCUCCCCCGCCGUCGCCACCUCGAAACCACAAGCCGCCCUCUUUCCUCCGCCUCGAUCGCAGGCAGUUCGAGAUCUCCGACUUCCAGGCUUAGCACGCCUAUCUUCGUCUCGGCGGCGGCCGCCGCCUGGAGCGGGGUGGAGGAGGUCCCGCCGCCGGAGGACCGCCUUGAUGACGGCGGCGAUGGCCCUAGCUUGAUCGAGCUCGUGCCCAUCCUCUCCGAGGCGCAGUUCGAUCGGGUCAUCGCCGAGGCGCAGCAGCUCGAGGAGUCGGUGAUCGUGCUCUGGAUGGCAAACUGGUGCAGAAAAUGUAUAUAUUUGAAACCCAAAUUGGAAAAAAUGGCAGCGGAUUACUUUCCAAGAAUUAGGUUCUACUGUGUAGAUGUCAAUGCAGUUCCUCAAAGGCUUGUGACUCGGGCAGAAAUUGCUAAGAUGCCAACAAUACAGUUAUGGAAAGACUCUAAAAAACAAGCUGAGGUAAUUGGUGGACACAAAGCAUGGUUGGUAGUUGAUGAUGUUCGGAGGAUGAUUGAGAAUGAGGAUUAAUCUGGUGCACCUUUUUCCCUUAUAAUAUUACAUCAUUUACUUUCACUAUGUUUUACAGUUGUUUGGAUAAGCCAAAUGUAAAUCUUGUGGAUCAAACUAAAUCAAAAUUGCACUUCAGUGCAAUCAAACUCUUUUUAUGCAAUGAAGUCGACUCAGAUUUGAUAUCUGUUCCGCAAA